GGCGCGUGCGCGGUGGCGGUGCGGGAUGGGGAGCCCGGCGGGCGCUCCCGCCAAGCGCGCGCGGUGCGAGGGGCCCCGCGGCGCCGGCAGCGACCCGCGGCUCUGGGACACCGAGCGGCUCUGCCAGCACCUCGCCCGCUGCGGCGUGGGCGACCCCAGCCUGCUGCGCCGCUUCCGAGAGAGCGGAGUCACCGGGAGGAUGCUGCUGGACCUGCCGGCCUGCGCCCCCGAGCUCGUCCGCGUCUGCUGCCCAGCUGAGCGACUGGAAGUGCUGGCGUGCCUGACACAGAUGCAGCAGCAGCAGCACAUGGAGGUGAUGAAGGUUUUUAAUGAUCCUAUUCAUGGGCACAUUGAAUUGCAUCCCCUGCUUGUUCGGAUCAUCGACACCCCUCAGUUCCAGCGCCUGCGGUAUAUCAAGCAGCUGGGUGGCACAUACUUUGUUUUUCCAGGAGCCUCUCACAACCGCUUUGAACACUCCCUGGGGGUUGGCUACCUUGCAGGAUGUCUGGUUCGUACACUGAAGGAGAGACAGCCAGAACUGGGUAUAACCCAGAGAGACAUCCUUUGUGUAGAAAUUGCUGGGCUUUGUCACGAUUUGGGUCAUGGGCCAUUUUCACACAUGUUUGAUGGAAGAUUUAUUCCACUCACUCGUCCAGGUUUGAAUUGGAAGCAUGAAACUUCUUCUGUUCAAAUGUUUGAGCACUUGAUCACUUCCAAUAAGCUAGAAGAAGUCAUGAGGUCCAAUGGUCUUGUCCUGGAAGAAGAUAUGUUGUUCAUCAAGGAACAAAUAGGAGGGCCCAUAGAUGAAACUGCCUGUGUGAAGUCGUGGCCCUACCGUGGUCGACCAAAGGAGAAAAGUUUCCUCUAUGAGAUUGUAGCUAAUAAAAAAAAUGGCAUUGACGUUGACAAGUGGGAUUAUUUUGCAAGGGAUUGCCAUCACCUGGGAAUCCCGAAUAAUUUUGACUAUAAGCGCUUGCUGAUCUUCACUCGGGUCUGUGAAGUGGGAAACCAGAAGCACAUCUGCACCCGUGACAAGGAAGUUGGAAAUUUGUACGAGAUGUUCCACACCCGGAAUUGCCUGCACCGGAGAGCAUACCAGCAUAAAACUGGCAACAUCAUUGAAAUAAUGAUAACAGAAGCCUUUCAAAAAGCAGACAAAUAUUUUGAAAUAAGAGGCUCUGGAGGAAAAGUGUAUCAGAUUUCUACAGCAAUGGAGGACAUGGAAGCCUACACUAAACUAACUGACUGUCUCUACCUGGAAAUUCUGCACUCAAAUCGCCCAGAACUGGAGGAGGCACGAGAAAUUCUGCGUAAAAUAGAACGACGUGAAUUAUACAAGUUUUUAGGAGAGACUCGACCUGAAUCAAAGAAGGAAAUUAUAAAGAGCAACAGCCUGGCAGAAAGCAUUGCUAAUUCCAAGCCAGAGAAGGACCCUCCAGAUGUGGAGCUAAAGGCUGAGAACUUCAUAGUUGAUGUUAUCAGCAUGGAUUAUGGAAUGAAGGAACAGAAUCCAAUUGAUAAGGUUCACUUCUAUUGCAAGGCUGAUCCUUCCAAGGCAGUCAAAAUCAGUAAAGAGCAGGUUUCAAAGCUUUUACCCAAAAUAUUUAUGGAGCAGGUUGUCCGGGUUUAUUACAAAAGUCAGGAUCCACGUAUUAUUUCAGCUGCAAAACAGUACUUUGUUCAGUGGUGCAUGCAGAAUGAUUUCACCAAACCACAGGAUGGUGAUGUUGUUGCUCCUCACCUAACUCCAAUGAAGGAAACCUGGAAUAAGAUGACAGAUGAUGAACACAGGAGAGCCUCAGAACCCAGCUGUAAACAAAGGCUUUCUUUUGAUAAGUAGCAGGUUUCUUUUUGGUGCUAUUCAGUCUGCUUCCUCAGAAAAUGAGUAAAUUUGAGCAUCAACUUUUCUAAAAGCUGGUUGGAUGGACUGGAAUAAUUCACAGCGCAAUGCAGAAUGUAUUUUGCAAUACAGAAUGGUUUAAUGUAGAUAGUUAAAGUGCAUAUUCCAGAUGGACUUCUAAAAAACAAUUUACUACAACAGAGUAAACUCAGUUCUCAUUAUUUUUUUAAUGUAUUGGCACUGUGUAGCAGGAGUAACUUUAAAAAUUGCAAUUCAUUGUUAUUACAAGAUUUUACUACUCCGUCUAGUCCUGAUCCCUUCCUUAGCUGUGCUAUUGUAUGACUUAGCAGAAAAAAUCCCAACCCAGGUUUGAUGGGGUUUUGGGGGGGUUUUCUUAGUGUCUGAGAAAGAGAGGGAUAAGUAUGCUUCUGAAAAUACAGUGAGGUAAAGAAGAAAUUACCAAGGGUGGCAUCUUCAAAAUCAGCAAAAUUAAUUUCAUGAAAAAAAAGGAAGGGAGAGGGGAAUCUUUUGAUAACCAAAGGUUAUAUUUCUGGUAUUCAAAAAGCUGGUGCAGCUCUUGCUACAAGUGACCACAAUUUUUAUUGAAGUAACAAUGCAUUGCAGUGCCAUGCAGCCUUUUAUUGUUUUAUUGUGUAUUUUUGAUACAUGGAAUGUUAUAUUUUUUACUGUCUGUCCUGCAAAGACUGCUCAAAAGGCCAGUGGUGUGAGUGGUUGCAGGAAGGCUGGGCUGCCCAGGUGUUUGCAGGGCUCGGGUGUGCAGAGAGGGCAGUGCCAGCAGUGCCCUGCUCUGCCCAUCCUGCACCAAGUGCAGCUUGGUGCUGCUUUGCACUGUACUGGGCAGACAGGCUCAUCAGGAAUCCAUCCAUUCUUGCAUUCAUGCCCUGUUCUCCUGGAUCUCAUGGCCGUCCCUGUAUCAUUUUUCUGUCUCUUGUAGAUCUGUGAGGGUUCUUACAGUUUUCCUGUACUGGCAGUACUGGUGUGUAUGUUCUGAAUGUCUGUGCUGCUGGACAAGUGAAGACCAUUUUCCUCUCAUCUUUUACUCAGGUCUAAGAGGAAAGCUGCUUUCAUUAAGUAAAACCUCAAAGCUUGAAAAAGUCUGACCACAAAACUAAAAACACAAAGUAAAAGGUUCAGUGAUGCUCAGGAAUUGGAGCAAUCUGUGGCCUUUUUAUCUGGAAAGGAGAGAGAGGUGUUGAACAUCUGGCUCAGGCAGUCAGGUGUGGGUGGCCAGGGUAGAUCCUGAAAAAUAACCCAGUGGGAAAGUGAGAGAACUCCACAACCCCUGUAAUAUCUCCUUUGCCCUUUUUAUCCUGGGAACUGGUGCUGUUAGAGGGAGGGAAAAUGAAUAGCCAUGAUACUUCUGCUGCUUAUGUAUCUGUGCUCAUGUGUCUGAAGGUGUAACCUCUGGUGCUCCUGUCUAACAGUAUUUCAGACCUGCAGAUGAACCAGAUUGGUUAGAAGGGCUUGUGACCUCUUUAAAAGCUUUUAAAAAAUUUACUAUUCCUCAAGAAACAAUAUCUUAGAGUGAAGGUAUUUAUCUCCCUUGUCUGCAUAAGAUCAAGUAUAAUUUUGAUAUAAUUUUGUUCUUGUUGAUUUGGUUUGUUUUUGUUACUAACUGUGCACUUUAUACUUGGGAAAGAUCUUUUGUUUAUGUUAAACCAAAAGUGUAUACUUUAGUUUAAGUUCUGAGAGCAGUUCUUUUCUCAACAUGUUCAUCUGAGCCUCUCUGAAGAAUAAAUUUAUAAACUAUGAUUUACUAUUCUUUUCAAGAA